UGGAAGAAACGUAAGCCUGAUUUUAAAUAAAGUUUUCAUCAGUGAUAGAACUUGAGAUAUUUAGUUGGCAUAUAGUUUUACGACCAAACAGUUAAUAAUCUACAUUUUCAAUAUUCAAAUUUUAAAAGGAAAAAACAAAAUCGUAGUUUUUGAGAAGAAUACUAUGGAAGCAGAACCCUUAGAACUUGAAGAUGGUGAAGUUAUAGAUGAUGAGGCAAGCGAUAUCGAAACAUAUAAUGUCCUAAAAAGACCUCAUGCAGUUCCAAAUAAAGAAGAAAAUGUAAAAAUGGGUUAUAGCGACGAGUCUGAUGAUUCUGCGGAUUCUGAAAGUGAUUCUGAUUCAGAUUCUGGACAUAUUAAAAGUAAAAGACCUAAAUUAAAACUGAAACGAUCUAGAAAUAUGACAAAAAAUUGGUCAGACAAAAAUGAUAAAUAUAAAAUAUGGUGUCCUCAGUUACAAGAAGAAUCUUUAACAGAAAAUCUAGUAUUAUGUGGUGUAACUAAAAAACAAAAUCAAGAUCGUAGUGUUGAGAGUUAUAACAUUCCACACCGUUAUUCUUUUAAUGGGACUUGGAAUAUGGAGCACCGCAAUAAUAAUAGCUCAGAAGAUGAAAAGGAUGGGGAAAGAAGGCUAACAAAUAAAAGGACAAAUUCUGAUAGAACUAAUGUUAAAUUGAGAUUAGGAAAAAAACGUAAUUCGAUGGACGUAGAUAAUCAGAAAGGAGCUUCUAGAAAAAUAGCAGAUCUAAGUACAACAGUUGAAUCAACUGAUUCAGAUGUGGCUACUGACAUAACAUCAAAACUUAACGAGAAAAAGGAUCUUCUUAUAAGGAGGAUUGUAGAUAUAAUUGGUAAAGAAAAAGCCAUUGAUUUCUUUCAAAAAACUAAAAAGAUUGAAGAAGGGGGUGGUAUGUUAAUAAUGAAUGGAUCUAGAAGAAGAACUGCAGGAGGUGUAUAUUUGUGGUUAGUAAAAAAUGAUGAACAUAUCCCACGAGAAAAAAUAAGUGAAAUUUUUUAUUAUGAUAAAAAAGAACAUGCUGAACAAAGGAAAGCUGAUGCCGUUGCAAGAAGGCAGAAAGCACAAGAAUUAAUAAAAUGUUUAGAAAAUGGUUCAGAAAAAGAUCUUCCUGCCUUGCUAACAAAAGCAGAACUUUCCACAAGAGAAAUAGCAGAAGAAGCAAGAUUAAGACGUGGAGAAGGUAUGGAUAGAAUGCCAGUCGAUUCUGAUCGGACAAUGACUAAUCCGCCACCUAGUCCUGUAACAGAUGAUCCAGAUCAUUCAGAGCAUCCACUUGUACAAAGGCAUGUUCAAAGUUAUGGAGAUGAUUUCCUUGAUAUUGGAAUAGACAUAGACAGUAUGGAAGUACUUUAAAAUAUUAUAAUUUCUUUGUAACAAAUGUAUUGCGCAAAUAAUUUGUACAAAAUUGAAAAAAGUUCUGAUCUUUACAAAAUAUCUAUAUACAUAGAUUAUGUGAAUACAAUUCAUGUAAUUUGUACGUUUGCCUACAGUAUACACAGAUAAAAUUUGUGGGCAUGAUCAAAUAAUCAUGAUCAGUCCAAAUCUAUUGCAACGACGUUCCACAUUGUGAUAAAAUAAUUUAUCAAAUGUACAUAUUAUGGUAAUAUACUUUGUUAUUUUCUCAAACUUUGAAAAACAAAAAAUAUUUGUAUACUCUUUUUUUAUGUUUCAUUUAACACAUUUCUAUUUAUU